UUUAAAUCCUCAAAACCACGAGGCCACGAUGUUUUUCCCAUGCUAAACAUAAAGCUUAACCAAAUAAAAUUCUCUCAAUCAAACAACUUUACUCACUAAUCAAACUCUCAAAGAAUAGUAGCCAACAUAUUACAUUGGACCACCAAUGAUUCCCGUUUAUGUACCAAUUCCGCCACCAGAAAAACCCAGAACACAAACUCAGUCUUUUUACUGAGUAGCAGUUUCGAAGUCGCCUCCUAUAAUUAGGCUAAACCCGCAGCCUUAAACGCGUGUUUUUCUCUCUCCUCUCUCCGACACAAAACACAACGAAACUCACCCGACCCACUGUCGGUCCAAUAUACCCAGAUCCACAUAAACCUUUUUUUUUUUUUUUUUUUUUUUUUUUUCUUUCACCAUUAAUCUUCAGAUCUUCUUCUUUUGUCUCACUUCUUAAAUUGUGUGUUCUUUGAAAGAAUUUUACACUAAUUGAACUAACCAAAAAAAUGGAUGUUAGGAAGAGAAAACGGAUACUUAAAACACCAUUAUCUUUAACACAGAAUUUCUCAACAAGGUAUAUAAUGGUGUGUUUUUGUUGCUUCUUGUUUCUUGUUUUUAUUACUCGGGGUUAUAAUUUUGGAUCCGGGACGUUUCGGCCUGCGCCGAUCGUCCCGAAACUAGCCAUAAUUUCUUCAUCUUCAAUCAGUAGUAACUCAGUGCAGGAUCUUUCUACCCAGAGAAAAGUUGAGAUUGGUAGCAGUGAGAGUAAAAGUAAUACUAGUAAGAUUAAGAUUAUUAGUAAUAGUAACAAGAGUAGUGAAGGUGAUGGUUUGUUCAUGGGGUUGAGCAUUGAGAGCAGAGUAUUGUUUAAUGAUCAUGUGUUGGUAAUUUUACCUGCUAGUCAGAGUAAAUCCUUACAUCUGCAACUUCCUGAGAAAAUUGACUGUGUUUACCCCCGGAAAUCGGGUGUUAGUGUUGGAAAGAAAACUGUCAAUCAUCCCAUGUUGUCAGUGGAUGAUUAUGGGGAUGGAAGGUGGUUGGUUCGGUGCCCGGUACCGCCUGCGAAUUACACGGCGGCUGUCGGGUUGAAGGGGGAAUGGAAGAAUGGGAAAGGAAUUGAGUGGGAGAUGGGGAGGGGGGGUAAGAAGAGUGUUCAAUUGUGGGAUAUGGUGGCUUACGAGGCGGUAUUCGAUGGGGAGGAUAUGGCUGUUGUUUUUGUUAAGGGUUUGCAGCUCAAGCCAGACAGAGAAUCGGAACCAACUCCAUUUAGAUGUCAAUUUUGGAAGGAGGGUGAGGAUUAUGCGCUUACCACACAGGCUACCACUGCAGCACAGGAGACAAUCAGGUGUCCCUUGCCUCCAGAAUUGAAGGUGAAACCGUGGGAUGGCGAAGAAGUUCGAGUUACAGUCGAGGUGACUUCCAAAGUGCCUGGAAGGUCCCAUUUGACAGGUACGAAACGACAACUAGUACCAUCAAUAGCAAAAUUGCAUCAGAGCAGUAAUAAGAAUAAUGUGAAGGGUAGGUCUAAACUUAAAUAUAAGCUCUGUGCUUGUACUAUGGUUUGGAAUCAAGCUGCAUUUAUUAGGGAGUGGGUAAUGUACCAUACUUGGCUUGGGGUUGAGAGGUGGUUUGUUUAUGACAAUAAUAGCGAUGACGGCUUAAAGGAUGUGAUCGAUGAGCUGAAUGCUGAAAAUUAUGAUGUGAAUAGGCACACUUGGCCAUGGAUUAAGUCUCAGGAGGCAGGGUUUUCACACUGUUUGUUGAGGGCCAGAGAUCAGUGUCAAUGGGUUGCAUUCUUUGAUGUGGAUGAGUUUUACAAUUUCCCACCUCCAAAACCCAGGCAAAACUCAACCAUUGUUUACCGGGGACCAAACGCUCUUCAAAAAGUAGUGGAGCAUGUUUCAGCACGACAGCGAACAGUAGGUGAAAUCAGAACAGAUUGUCAUAAUUUUGGACCCUCAGGGCUAAAGAAAACUCCGGCAGAGGGACUGAUGUUAGGGUAUACUUGCCGGCUUAAGGGCCUUGAGAGGCAUAAGUCAAUUGUUAGGCCUGAUGCUGUUGAUGAUAGUCUUCUGAAUCAAGUUCAUCAUUUCAAGCUGAAAAAGGAGUUCAAGAAGCUAAAUUUUCAUCGGGCUGUGAUAAACCACUACAAGUACCAAGUCUGGGACAACUUUAAAGCAAAAUUUUAUAGAAGGGUUUCAACCUAUGUUGUUGACUGGCAAGAGAAUCAGAAUGAAAAUUCAAGAGAUAGGGCACCUGGAUUGGGGACAGAAGCUAUUGAACCGCCCAAUUGGCCCCAGAAGUUCUGUGAGGUUUGGGAUACCAGGUUAAGGGACUUUGUUCUGUCUAACCUGGCUGAUCGGAAUACAGGGUUGCUCCCAUGGCAGAAGUCUGUUCAAUGACCAAGGUCGAGAUGCCUGCAGUUCAUCUACAUUUGUAAAACAUAAAACGACACACUAAUUCUUUUUUCUCCCUUAUUUAUUGAACCUAUUUCUUGUGCAUGUUUUGUAGAGAAGCCAUAGAUUAGUUACAAUUUUUACCUAGGCAUAUUAGAGAGGUAUUAAGUACCUCUUAUUUGAAAAAAAUAUUUUUCUGUUUUUCUUCCUCAUCUGCUGAUGUAUGUAAUCUUCUGGAAGAUUUACUGGAUUAAUUUGUAAUACAGUGCAGAGCUUUUUGAAUCCAAAGAAUAAUCACAUACUUGGUAGUAAUCUUCUGAAC